AUGAACCUCAAGGAGACCACCCGUCUGGAGCUGCCGGCAGCUGCCGACAUGCAUGUCCAUCUCCGUCAAGGCAAGAUGAUGGAAUUGGUUGUGCCUCAGAUUCGCAAGGGUGGUGUUGACACUGUCUUUGUCAUGCCCAACCUGGUCCCUCCCGUUACUAGUGUGGCGCAGGCUUCCGAGUACAAGGCUCAACUGGAGGCGAUUGACCCGAAUGUGAACUAUUUGAUGUCGCUCUACUUGAAUAUAGAGGCUGCCGCUGCUGGUAUCACCGGUGUCAAGGUGUAUCCCCAGGGUGUCACCACUAACUCUGCUGCCGGUGUCACCAACUUCGAGGACUUCUUCCCCGUCCUCGCUGAGAUGGAGAAGCUCGAUAUGGUGCUCAACCUCCACGGCGAGGUCCCCGGCUCCGCCCAGUCGGACGUCAACGAUAUGAACGCCGAGGAGAAGUUCCUGCCCACGCUGAAGAUGCUCAACGAGAAGUUCCCCAAGCUGCGCAUCAUUCUCGAGCACUGCAGCACUGAGGCAGCCCUAGAGGCCGUCCGCUCCUGCACUGAUUCCGUUGCAGCCACCAUCACCGCUCACCAUCUGUAUCUCACCCACCACAGCUGUUCGAACCCCUUGGCGUUCUGCAAGCCCCUUCCCAAGACCUCCAAGGACCGGGAUGCCCUGAUCCGCGCCGUCUGCAGCGGCGAGUCCAAGUUCUUCUUUGGAAGCGACAGCGCUCCCCAUCCCCGGGCAGCCAAGCAGGGCGGUGCCGAUGGGACCGCCAAGCCCCCUGCUGGUGUCUUUACUCAGCCCUUCGUCGUCCAGUACGUCCUGCUGGCGCUGGAGGAGGGAGUUGAGCGCGGUGUCAUCACAAAUGAUGACAUCACGCAGGAGAAGCUGGAGAAUUUCCUGAGCGUAUAUGGACGCAACUUCUACAAGCUGCCGCAGACGAAGAACCGCAUCGUGCUGGAGAGGAAGGGAGAGGUGAUUCCCGAGAGUGUGAAGAGUGAGGAGGUCGAGAUCGCCUGUUCGAGAGGAGGUGAUCAGGUCUUCAGCCUGAGCUGGAAGAACUAG